UUUUGACAAUGAGAGAUUAAAUAGGGAGACUAGGUUCAAGUGAUUCGCAGUGACCAAUGGAUAGUUAGAUUUAUCGGUAACACUAAUGAUAAAUAAUAGGUUCUUGAGAUUGUUUCACGGAGGAGGAAUCUGAGAUAAUGAUUCGUCGCUCAGUUCGAUAAUUCAUAUUGUAAUACGUGGUGUGUACGAUGGUUCAAGUUAAAUAUGUCGCCUCGAUUUUUAAAGCUGCAAAUAUUUAAGAUCACGUAUUGAAACUGUUCACUGUGUAAUCAACGCCGCUGAUAAAACGAUCUCAGUCUCCUAUAAAUCUGAUUUGCAGCCGCUUUUGCGGCUUAAUCCGCGUAACUCUAAAGUGCACGGAAGUCUGCAGGUUGUAGGAGAUUAUCUUGUGGCAUUAACUUGGUAAAGAAAGGAAUUCAAAAUGAAAUUUGCAGAACAUCUAUCAGCGCAUAUUACGCCAGAAUGGCGCAAGCAAUAUAUCAGCUACGAGGAGAUGAAGGCUAUGCUUUACACUGCUGUGGAGGAAGCUCCCUCAGCAGAGAGUGUCGAGCCAGAAGUUCUUUCUCGUCAUUUUGCCUCCUUCGAUGAGAUGUUUUUUACGUUCUGUGAUCGUGAACUUAAGAAAAUCAAUACCUUCUACUCUGAGAAGUUGGCGGAGGCGACGCGCAAAUAUGCAGCUCUUCAGAGCGAACUAAAAACCGUAAUGGAGUCACACCAUGGAGGUGGAAAGAACAAAGGGAAAUCAGAUAUAAAGCCACAUAUUUCAAGCAGGAAAUUGCGCGAGCUCAAACUCGCCUUCUCAGAGUUCUAUCUUUCUCUGAUCCUACUACAGAAUUAUCAAAAUCUCAACUACACAGGCUUUAGGAAAAUACUCAAGAAACAUGACAAGUUAUUAUCGGAGGACACUGGCUCGAAAUGGCGAGUCGAGUGCGUGGAAACAUCGCAUUUCUAUACAAACAGGGACAUCGACAAGCUCAUCCAGGAAACAGAAUCGCUGGUUACCAGUGGAUUAGAAGGUGGCGAUCGUCAACGUGCUAUGAAACGUUUGAGAGUACCGCCAUUAGGUGAACAUCAGAGUCCUUGGACAACAUUCAAAGUCGGCUUAUUCUCUGGAAGUUUUAUUGUUCUCUUCGUCGCAGUUGUUCUUUCUGCAAUAUUCCAUGAUGGCGGUGAAAACUUAAAAAUUGCAUUUCGUCUGUAUCGUGGGCCACUUCUUAUUGUACAGUUUCUGUUUCUCAUUGGCAUUAACGUAUACGGUUGGAGAUCAUCUGGUGUGAAUCAUGUCUUGAUUUUUGAGCUUGAUCCAAGAAAUCAUCUGUCGGAGCAACACCUUAUGGAAUUAUCAGCUGUCCUUGGAGUUAUAUGGACGCUUAGUUUAUUAAGUUUCCUUUAUAGUGCCAGCUUGAGCAUUCCGCCAUUUGUUAAUCCUCUGGUGCUGGUUGCCAUAAUGCUGGCUUUUCUUUUAAAUCCAUUAAGGAUUUUUCGUCACGAGGCUCGAUUUUGGUUGUUGAGGAUUCUUUUACGAUUGGUGCUGGCUCCAUUUAUGUAUGUCAACUUUGCUGACUUUUGGCUGGCUGAUCAGCUCAACAGCUUGGCUACAGCAUUACUGGAUUUUCAAUUCUUAAUAUGCUUUUAUGUUACAAAUGGAGACUGGUUAAAGGCUGGAGACACGGCACACUGUACUUCAAAGUCUUUUAUUCGACCUUUCGUCAAUUGCAUACCGGCAUGGAUACGAUUUGCGCAAUGUUUACGUCGUUAUCGAGAUUCCAAAGAAGCUUUCCCGCACUUGGUUAACGCAGGAAAAUAUGCCACAACGUUUCUCGUUGUCAUCUCCAACACCUUCUACACUAUUCAUUCUGAGGAUUUUGAAAAUGUCUGGGAAAAUCCCUGGCUAUGGCUGUGGCUGGUGUGUUGCUUUAUAAAUUCGGUAUAUUCAUAUACCUGGGAUAUCAAAAUGGAUUGGGGUCUUUUCGAUCGUAAUGCAGAUGAAAAUAAAUUCCUGCGCGAAGAAGUCGUAUAUUCGUCGGCUGGAUUCUAUUAUUUCGCCAUAAUAGAAGAUCUUGUAUUGAGAUUCGCAUGGGUCGCCAACUUCAUACUGACUCAUUACAAGUACGUGUCGAGUGACUUAAUGACUUCGAUAAUAGCGCCACUCGAAGUUUUCAGGAGAUUUAUUUGGAACUUCUUCCGUCUUGAGAACGAGCACUUAAAUAAUUGUGGUAAAUUCCGAGCCGUGCGCGAUAUUUCCAUUGCUCCGAUUGAAAGUUCAGAUGAAGCUUUGAUACUACGCAUGAUGGACGAAGAGAACGGUGUAGUGAAUCGAGGUAAACGUAAGGGCGGAAAGAAGCAAAGCAAUCCCAAGGAAGACAAGCGAGCUUUGCUCAAAGACGAAACCAUUGAUAUCGAUAUAUCGAAUGCCAGUUGAGGCUACCUCGGAUAAUUGCCAAUAUAUCAAAGUUCAAUUAGUGAGUAUGCUUAGUUGCCAGAAUGUUGCAGUAUUGCCAUCGUUAUUUCCGAGAUUGUAAUUAUGUCUCCCCUAACAAGUUCUCGUUAUACAUAUAUUAAAUGGAAAACUGAAGACUAUAAAUUUAAAGAAACGCAGUGCCUUCUGUAUUGCCAAUAGAGUACAUACUUUUCAUAGUCUUUUCUUUGGCAUAAAAUAACAUUACUAUUUAGCAAAGAGAUUCUUCAAGUAAAACACUUGUCGCCGGCAUUUUGAAAAAUCACAGCACUUAAUUUUUUAUUUUUUUAUAGUCUUCAAUCGCUAGUAAACAAGAUUGAAACUAUUCGAACGCUGUCAAUGUUACUAUUGACUUAACUACUGGUCGAUUAAUGGAAUGGAUAAGUACCUAUGGUAAUGUUAUGCAACAACUUAAGGUAGAGAAUUGUAAUCAAACUUUUCUGUACAUACUUAGUUUUAAUCAUAACAAGUGAAUUAGUACUCUUAUAGAAUACUUUAUUCAAUUAGAUUAUGUCGACUGUUUAAUUUCUCUCGAAAAACUCAACGGCUGGUAAUACUGAUAUUACUUGCCUUUCUUAUUGGUAUUGACUUAUAUAAAUCUACAGUUAGUAUACUUUAAAUAUUGCGGGCUAUGAGUUGUACAGGAUUAUCAAGGUUGAAGUCAUAAGUUUUUUAAAAGAAUAUAAAAGUUAGCUCUAGUUAGUACUUAAAAUACUUGUGUAACUGUCAAAUGCGGAUCGGUGAGAUUGAUCUUGAUAGCUGUGCAUAUAAGUAAGAAAUAGUUUACCAAUUAAUUAUUGUAAUCCGUAUUUAGUCACUUUCCCUUGUUAUCAGUAUUUCAAAUUUCAUUCUUGACUUACCUACUCGUUAACAAUUAAGUAUUCUGCAUUGAGUCCCGCCUUAAUUAACGUUAAAUUUAGUAUAUAUGAAAAAUCAUGUAUAAGGAUUUUGCAUAGGGAUUAUAAAUAUCAUUUGAGGUAUUUUGUUUGAAAUGAUUCGAAGAGUCGUUCUAAAACCUUAAAUUAAUUCUAAAAAUCAAUACUAGAAAAAAAAUCGUUUCCAAUUCAACUUAUAAUCCGUUUACAAAGACCAUAUUUUAACAAGAAACUAGAUCUGUAUUUCCCUAUGUAAAAUCCAAAAUGAAUUAUCUGUAUCUAUUAGGCACUUGUACUCAAAUAACCGGCGUUUAUUAUGCGUACAAAUAUUUGGUCACUUAAAGGUUUUAUAUACACUAGCAGAGAGAUUUACUUCAAGGAAUAUGUACUUAUCCGUUUGGUGCUCCACGAUAUCUACGAGUAAAUUGAUAAGAAUACAUUACCACUAUGGUAUAAUAAGCGUUCCUCUCAAAAUGAGCCUUGAUCUAUCUAUUUAAAAGUGUGAAAUUUUUCACUGACUACGAUAACUUACAUUAGAGCAAAUAAUCAUAUAAGUAUACACAUAACAUAAUAAAAGAAUUAUAUUAGUUUUCGAUUAUUGAUCUAAAUGAUCGGUUCAAUGAAUACUUGUACUUUACUUACUUUCCACGUAGCUUGUCUGUUAUCAACAAUAAUCUUAAAAAUCAUUAAUAGACAAACUUUGUGAUAUCUCAAUCUUUGUUAGUAACGUCAGAUAUUCUUAGACAAAUUAUAUUGUUGCGAAAGUGUCAAUGUCGCUUGAAUCGAUACCGUUCAGCAUUGCGAAUGUUCUAAGACCGUUUUUUUUUUUCUUUGGAAAAUUGGCGUAUCGAUUCAGCAAAUCUUUUAAUCGUAUUCCGACGUCAAACAAUUUAGCGGCUGAGUAAUGGAUUUCAUAGUUUAGCAUAUUAAAUCGACAAUUGUGAUGAUUUUAUAUAUAUUUUUAUAAAUACGUUCUUGUAUACUGUAUAUAUUUAUACAAUUAUUUAGAUAUCGCGAUUCACGGAAUUAUCUAUAGGGAAAUGAAUAACAGGUAUUUUUAUAAUUAAUAUACUACGUGAUUCUAGGGGAGCGUAAUAUAUUAUAUAUAUAUAUAUAUAUAUUAAUUGAAUCGAAUACUACAAGCCAGCAUACCAUUAUAAAUAGAUUAAUAUAUUGUAUCAUUUAUAUAAUAGAUAUGCCCAGUUCUAAACUA